UGCUACUUCAAUUUCUACAACAACUACAACUGCAACAACCAUGUCUGGACGAGGAAAGGGAGGAAAAGGACUUGGCAAAGGAGGAGCAAAGAGGCACCGAAAGAUCUUAAGAGAUAACAUCCAAGGCAUCACCAAGCCAGCCAUCAGACGUCUUGCUCGACGAGGAGGUGUCAAGCGUAUCAGUGGACUGAUCUACGAAGAGACCCGAGGAGUGCUCAAGAACUACUUGGAGAGCGUGAUCAGGGAUGCUGUAACCUACACCGAGCACGCCAAGAGGAAGACCGUUGUAGCCAUGGACAUCGUCUACGCCCUCAAGAGACAAGGCAAGACCUUGUACGGAUUCGGAGAGGCAGAAACACCAAAUUUUCAACUUUUCACUUCUCAGCCAAUCAGAUUCGAGCUUAGUUUGAGCUUCCGCUAUCACUCAGACACGGGCCAAUCACCUAUGCCGCUUUUGGCGGGUAACCUCCAACCCAAAAUGGCCCGAACGAAGCAGACUGCACGAAAGAGUACCGGAGGAAAGGCACCCAGGAAGCAACUGGCUACCAAGGCUGCAAGGAAGAGCGCACCUUCCACCGGCGGUGUGAAGAAGCCUCACCGAUACAGACCAGGAACCGUUGCCCUGAGGGAGAUCAGGAGAUACCAGAAGUCCACUGAGCUGUUGAUCCGAAAGCUGCCCUUCCAGCGACUGGUCAGAGAAAUCGCCCAGGACUUCAAGACUGACUUGCGGUUCCAGAGCACUGCCAUCAUGGCUCUGCAGGAAGCCAGCGAGAGCUACUUGGUCAGCCUGUUCGAGGACACCAACUUUACAACUGCAACAACCAUGUCUGGACGAGGAAAGGGAGGAAAAGGACUUGGCAAAGGAGGAGCAAAGAGGCACCGAAAGAUCUUAAGAGAUAACAUCCAAGGCAUCACCAAGCCAGCCAUCAGACGUCUUGCUCGACGAGGAGGUGUCAAGCGUAUCAGUGGACUGAUCUACGAAGAGACCCGAGGAGUGCUCAAGAACUACUUGGAGAGCGUGAUCAGGGAUGCUGUAACCUACACCGAGCACGCCAAGAGGAAGACCGUUGUAGCCAUGGACAUCGUCUACGCCCUCAAGAGACAAGGCAAGACCUUGUACGGAUUCGGAGGUUAA